UUAACGCUGGCAAGACAUUAAAUCCAACCUCCCUCCAUCCAGACUCAGCGCGCAGCCCAUCAAACUGAUCUGAAGAUCGAAAAUAGGAGGGCUUAUAGUAAUCAGCCCUUCAGAUUCUCAUGACAAGGAAAGGUGUAGCAACGUUGGGAGAGCGCUCGGCACACACAGCAGGACGCUGCCUGGCGUUGCGCGCUCAGCGCAAAACCAACCAGAUAGCGCGCAGAGAGCCAGAGAGAGACGGGGACGGUAGCAGCAUCCCGUAACGGAUGCAUUUUUUAGCAGAAAGCGGACGAUUUGGAGACUGAAAACAACGAAAGACAGAGAGAAGCCUGACAGGAAAUAAAGCGCUUUUUUUUUGAGGGAUUUGAACAGAGUGCCGUUGUGCCCUCGUCUUCUCCGGAUGCACAGAAAUGGGGGAAUGGACUAUACUAGAGAGGCUCUUGGAGGCUGCUGUCCAGCAGCACUCUACUAUGAUAGGAAGGAUCCUACUAACAGUGGUGGUCAUCUUCCGGAUUCUAAUCGUAGCAAUAGUUGGAGAGACUGUCUAUGAUGACGAGCAGACCAUGUUUGUUUGUAACACCUUACAACCGGGCUGCAACCAGGCAUGCUACGACAAGGCAUUCCCCAUUUCACACAUUAGAUAUUGGGUUUUUCAAAUCAUCAUGGUGUGCACUCCGAGUCUUUGUUUUAUCACAUACUCGGUGCACCAGUCGGCCAAGCAGAAGGAGCGGCGGUACUCAACAGUCUAUCUGACACUAGAUAAGGAUCAAGAUUCACUGAAGCGAGACGAGAGCAAAAAGAUAAAGAACACCAUUGUUAAUGGAGUACUUCAGAACACAGAGAACUCCACCAAAGAAGCCGAGCCAGACUGUUUAGAAGUCAAAGAGAUCCCUAAUUCGGCAAUGAGAACUACAAAGUCCAAAAUGAGGCGACAGGAGGGCAUCUCCCGGUUUUACAUCAUCCAGGUGGUUUUCAGAAACGCGCUGGAAAUAGGCUUUUUGGUGGGUCAGUAUUUCUUGUAUGGAUUCAACGUCCCGUCUGUGUACGAGUGCGACCGCUACCCCUGCAUAAAAGAUGUCGAGUGCUACGUCUCCAGACCAACGGAGAAGACAGUGUUCCUGGUCUUCAUGUUCGCGGUCAGCGGCUUUUGCGUGGUGUUGAACCUGGCAGAACUCAAUCAUUUGGGCUGGAGGAAAAUCAAAACGGCCGUGCGAGGUGUGCAGGCUCGGCGGAAGUCCAUUUAUGAAAUCAGAAAUAAGGACUUGCCAAGGAUGAGUGUGCCCAAUUUCGGCCGCACUCAGUCCAGUGACUCUGCUUAUGUGUAACACACCCGGGAAGAAGGAGUGGAAGGAAAAUAUGAAAAAAAAAAAAAAAAAAAAAAAAAAAGGAAAAAAAAGACAGAAAAAAACUAAAACAUCUAAAACAUUGAUGGACAUGAUGGACAGCUCCGCACGCCUAAUUCGUGUCAUGACUUUAAAGAGUGGGCAGAUUUUUGUUCGUUGUUUUGAUUUGUUGGGACUUCAUGGCAAGCGUGGAUUACACGUUUGUUUACUUAUUUAUUAUUGCACUGAUGCAACUUUUUAGUAACGUUUAUACUCUGUAAGAUGCUGAAAAGGAGACCAUGUUGACGUGUUCACAUAUUUACUCUUUGUGGGCUGUACUUGAAGAGAGUAAAUGCAAAAAUUGCACUAAGAGGUGAACACUGCAGAGCCUGAUCUUAUCCAAAUGUGCUACUGACCUGACGGUGUUUUUAAGAUUUUCUUUCCACCUUGUUUUUGGCACCAACCUAUUUCAAUGGCACAAUACAAAGGACAAAUCUACCAUCCAGAUUUAUAUAUGCAUAGCUAUAUAAAUCCUUACUGAUUAUGGUUCCACGUAGUUAAAAUACAUCAGCUUCUUUCAUGUUUUAUGUUGCCUGUGUUGCACCACUGACCUUAACAUAUGUAACCAUUCCAUUGCUUAAUAGCUAACUUGCAAAACAGUAUCUGGUGAAUUUGCUGCAAACGCUAACGUCUGUGACUUCCUUAAUUUAUGACACACCAAAGCGCCCACUGCUUUUAUUUGUGAAGUGUUUUCUUGCUUUCGUGUAAUCAAGUGCCAUACUUGUAUAUAAACAUAAUAUAUAUAUGUAUACAUAUGAAUAUAUAUAAAUAUAUAAUAAUCAUCAUGAAAGCUGAUUCCCUGCUUGGAUUAUGCUAAAUACCGCCCAAUUUUUUAUUUGCUUUAAAUGUAUUUGUUGUGAUUUAAACAAAGAGAAUAAGAUAUACAGUUUUCUCUGUUUUACUUUGCAAAAUGACUGGAAAAAGAAAUGAAGUGCUAGUCUUUUUUUAUAAACAUGACAUGAAAGGAAUCUCUCUCCCCAAUUGAAGCUGAUCAAAAACUGAAACAUAGCACAAAUUGAGGUUUUUAUCAAAGAACGGGCAAAAGAAAUCUGCUCUGGUGCUACAGUUUUUCAUAGAAUGGUUUUAAAUGUAACCGAAACAGACCAGAAAAAAAAAACCAAACAUCUUUUUUUUUUUUUUUUUUUUUUU